ACGGCCUCAAGGCCAUUGAGCAAUACAUUCUGCGUCAUUAAUGGUAAGCUAGAGCAUAGUGUGACUGGGGCUUAAGAGCACCGGCCCCUAUAAGAUUGACAAGGGCACUUUAGGUCACUGUGUCCUCUCUGGACUCUCGUACGAAGCAGUGAGUGGCCAACCUCGGCAUCGCACAAAGGAAGUUUCCUUGUAGAACUCGAGCCAUCAUGAAGAACUUUCGCAGCGAGGAGAUGCAGCUCAUGCAGCUGAUGAUGCCAGCAGAAUCGGCGCAUGACACCAUAGCUGCAUUGGGGGAGGUUGGGCUGCUGCAGUUCAAGGACCUAAACUCGGACAAAUCUGCGUUUCAAAGAACGUUCGCCAAUCAGGUGAAAAGGUGUGAUGACAUGGCGAGGAAGCUGAGGUUCUUCUCAGACCAGGUGGAAAAGUCUGGACUCAUCACAGGGACGCGACUAGGUGCCGAGAGGGAAUUUGAUUUUGAUGAGCUCGAGGGGAAGCUGGAGGAGCUGGAAAGGGAGCUGCUCGAGGUGAAUGCGAAUGCAGAGCGGCUAGCGCGCAGCUUCAGUGAGCUUGUGGAGCUGCAGCUGGUCUUGGAGAAGGCCUCUGCUUUCUUUGACGACGCGCAGCAUCGCGCAUCGGCAUCUGCCUUCGAGACGCGGCCAGCAGACGGUGGGUCCGAUAUAGGUGCUCCGCUGCUGCCAGAGGGUGGCGCGCCAGAGCCCAAGAGCAUGCGGCUGGGCUUUGUGGCGGGCACCAUCCCUGAGGACAAGUUGAACGCCUUUGAGCGGCUGCUCUUCCGGGCCACGCGCGGCAACAUGUACCUGAAGUGGUCGUCCGUGGGGGCUGUCGUGGAUCCCACCACCACCGAGAAGGUGGAGAAGGCAGUCUUCGUGGUGUUCUUUGCCGGAGAGAGGGCCCGGACCAAGAUCCUCAAGAUCUGCGAGGCGUUCAGCGCGAACCGCUACCCCUUCCCAGAGGACCCGACGCGCCAACGCCAGAUGAACGCUGAGGUCACCGCCCGCCUGCGCGAGCUGCAGACCACCAUCGAAGCAGGCGAGCGGCACAGGGACAACGUGCUGCAGACGCUGGGGGCGACGCUGCAGGCGUGGAUAGCCCAGGUGAAGCGCGAGAAGGCGAUCUACCACGUGCUCAACAAGUGCAGCGUGGACGUUACACGCAAGGUGCUCGUGGCCGAGGCCUGGUGCCCCGUCUCUGCCAAGCCGCGCGUGCAUGAGGCCCUGCGAGAGGCCGCCCACUCCACCUCAGCCUCGGUGACGACCAUCUUUCAGCCGCUGGUCACAUACGAGAUGCCGCCCACAUACUUUGCCACCUCGAAGGUCACCAGCUGUUUCCAGGAGAUUGUGGACGCCUAUGGUAUUGCAAGAUACAGGGAAGCAAACCCAGCGAUCUUCACCAUCGUCACGUUUCCCUUCUUGUUCGCCGUCAUGUUUGGCGAUGUGGGCCACGGCUUCCUGAUGCUGCUGUUCGCCCUGUACCUGGUGCUGAAUGAGAAGGCACUGGGGCGCACCACCCUCAAUGAGAUGGUGGAGAUGUGCUUUGGCGGCCGUUACUGCAUCCUGCUGAUGUCCAUUUUCUCCAUCUACACUGGUCUGAUCUACAAUGAAGCCUUCGCCAUUCCACUGAGUGUCUUUGGAUCUGGGCACUGGGCUUGCCCCACAAACGCUGCGGUCACGGACAGGGUGAAGAUGCACUUUGAUCCGGCGCUGUGCCCGGCAGCGUACUCUGAUGGCCUGGCCAUGAACUCCAAGUCCCCAUACCCAUUUGGAGUGGACCCUACCUGGAAGGGCACUCGCACGGAGCUGCAGUUCCUCAACUCUGUCAAGAUGAAGAUCUCCAUCCUUCUUGGCGUGAUCCAGAUGAACGGCGGUAUAGUGCUGUCCUACCUGAACCAGCGCUACUUCCGGGACAGCCUGUCCACCUACUGCGAGUUCAUCCCCCAGAUGAUCUUCCUCAACGGCCUCUUCGGCUACCUCUGCCUGCUCAUUGUGGGCAAGUGGAUCUCCGGGUCCACCGCCGACCUCUACCACGUCAUGAUCUACAUGUUCCUCAGCCCCGGCACCAACGGCCUCGCGUGCGCCGACCCCGUCUCCGGCAAGCUCACCUGCCCCGAGAACAUCAUGUUCACCGGGCAGGGGCCCCUGCAGGUGUUUUUGGUGCUGGUAGCGCUGGUGAGCGUGCCGAUAAUGCUGCUGCCCAAGCCGCUGAUCCUGCAGAAGCGGUUCAAGGCGCGCGCGGCGCAGCUGGAGGAGUACGGGCGCGUGUCGCCCCACGACGAGGACGAGGAGAGCGGCGUCCUGCGCAUGGCCGCCCCCGCGCACGAGCAUGAGGAGGAGUUUGACUUUGGCGAGGUCAUGGUGCACCAGAUGAUCCACACCAUCGAGUUUGUGCUGGGAGCUGUCAGCAACACUGCCAGCUACCUGCGGCUGUGGGCGCUGUCGCUGGCGCACUCGCAGCUGUCCGCCGUGUUCUAUGACCGCGUCCUCAUGACCGCCAUCAAGUACAACUCCUGGGUCGCUGUCUUCAUAGGCUUCUUUGUGUUUGCUCUUGCAACGCUGGGCGUGCUGAUGCUCAUGGAGACCCUGUCAGCUUUCCUGCAUGCGCUGCGUCUGCACUGGGUGGAGUUCCAGAACAAGUUUUACCAUGGGGAUGGAUACAAAUUCAUGCCGUUCUCAUUUGAAACUGUGCUAGCUGAGGAUCUGUGAGGCUUUGUGUGAAGGGUGCUCAGAGGAUGCUGUCCUAGGAAUUCUGUUGUUGUUUGUGCGCCACGCGUGCAAAAUAAAAAGCAAUUGCACAAGAGUUUCUGUUAUACAUGAUUUUCCUUGUAAAGUAGUCACGGUC